CAUGACAUAACACAACUGACCAUCUGACCAAACGGGUCAAAGUUCGGCAUGUUUAAUUUUGCUGUUGUGGCUUCCGUCUCCAUGUAAGCAUUCUGGUGACAUCACGGCCCGUGUCCCUAUCCCUUCCUCACAAGUCUUGCAUAAUCUAGGUUAAUGAAUACGUAAUGUGCACUGCCCGCUCACGCGGUUGUAUGUACUGGUCAAUGCAUAUGCAGAUUUGAGCCGGUUCCAGAGCCUAAGCACUGUGUGCGGACCUUGUAGUGACCACAGCAUAAUACGUACAUUGUCCGAGCCUAUGAGACUCACGUAGUAGAGCCCACGCAAUAAAUGAACACAACAUAAUGACAAUGUGAAAAUGUAAAACCCUUUAUGUGUUGGUGGAAGGUAUACGUGUAGUAAAUUCGAGCUGACUUUACCCUAAGACAAGGACUUUAGCAGAAAAUGAGCGAGGAUUCAGAUUACAGAAGUUUUACCCAGUUUGGUGAUUCACAGGAGGCUCAAACUAUACCACCAAUCAGUUCAUUUACAAACAGGAACACACGACGAUCCUCUGCAGGUUCUGAAGAUUGUACCCAGCCUGGAGGCUUCUACCGGGAGUUGACUCUUGAAGUCAUUGACCCCAAUACAUCAGACUCCAACUCCAGUCAGUCUAGUAGCCCAACGAGAUUGACCAUGCAGCCGCAGUCACAACAGCAACAGCAGCAACAACAGCAACAACAACAACAACAACAGCAGCAGCCGGUCGGCACUCAUCAGCAGCAGUAUGCAACAGCUGUAGCUGCUGCUGUUGCAGCAGCCUAUCAAGCUCACGCCCAGGAGAUGAACAUGUCAGCAACAACCAUGGUCCCCAGUACGGGAAGCACACCCAUUAUUACGUCGGUGACCAGUGGUGCAAACAUGGUGCAGCAGCAACAGCCUCAAGCUCUACCUUUACAUAUGCAGGGUUCUAAUUCGUCGCUACUCGGUCAGGCACUACAGGCUGCCAAUGACAUGGGUGGCAUGCCGGUGCUGCAGCUAGCUGUGCAGCAUCAUCAACAGCAGCAGCAACUUCUUCAUGCUGUGCAGGCAGCACAGCAGCAACGGCAACAACAACAACAACAACAACAGCAACAACACUGUGAUACGAUGAUCUCGCCCACGCAAGCUGUCAGCCACAAUGCUGAAAAUGUCACCACAAACGAGACCGAACAACGAGAAAACAAGUCUCCUCUUAUCAGUUUAAUGCCUGCCGCUAGCCUAUCAACCCCGGCGUCCACCCAGUGCCAAGACCAGACAAGUAACAUGCUAACCCUGGCCGCCUCAGCACAUCUCCAGACCCCUAGUUCCAUCAGUCAGCUUUCUACCACCUCCACCACGUCCUCAAGCAGCCUACCGAGCAAUGUCUACGGUGUACCCACGGCUACGGUACCAUCAAGCAACGCCUGUGUCUCGCCCGAGAUGACGAGUAUUUCCAUGGGCCUUAUCCCGUCCCAAUAUAUGCAGCUCACCAACAACGUCAUGCCGCCAAUGCAACAGAUGCAAAGCCACGCACAAUCUGCAGGCACGGAUCAGGGAAUAAUACCUGCAGAUCAACAACUAAUGGGACAGGCUAUGCCAGACGUUAUAACGAAUAAUAACAAUAUUGAUAUGCUAAACAUGUCUGUAGGGAGCUCAUCACGCAGCAGCACUUCAUCAAAGAGACGAAACAACAAGAAGCCAGUCCCACCCUCAGAUAAAGAUGAUAAAUACUUUGAGCGAAGGAACCGCAACAACCUGGCUGCUAAAAGAUCGCGAGAUUCCCGCAAGAAACGAGAGGAUCAAGUCUCCAUGCGGGCCACGUUUCUCGAGAAAGAGAACGAGAUUUUACGAGCUCAGUUGGACACACUACGUCAAGAGUUCAACUCCCUGAAACAUCUUCUUGCACAUCAGCGGCCUAUUAAUAUGCAGACACAGAUGCCGGUACAAAUGAUGCAAUCUCAUCAAUCACAUAAAAACAUGUUACAACAGUAAAUGUUUACUACGGAGCUCUGCAAACGCCUUCCAUCUUGCUGAGUGUAUAUCAAGAUGGAAGGCAUGACAACAUCAUGUGAUGCAUCUUACUUUUAUGACAUCCUUUGAUAAUGUUUAUCAAGAAGGUAACAAUCUGCAUUCAAGACGUCGUUAUCCUAAGAUAAAUCAUAUCAGGAUGUUGCCAUCUUUUAAGUUUAUGCUGUCCUCAUCCGCGGUAAAUUAUCUUAUAAUCUUAGCAAAUUGGAUUACAUGUCCAAAAGGUCCAGAGCUCCCUAGCUAGAUGAACACAACAUCAACGAAUAAUUUACAACCAAAAAUAAUUUUACCAACGGAUGGAUGUUAUAUUAUUUACCCAAAGAAACUGUUUUAUAUAGAUUUAUUAUAUUAUCUUCUCUUGUUGAUCAUAGUUGCGUUUCUUAAUUAUUUGUUGUUUUCUUAAUCUCCUUGAGUAGUUGGAGAACGAGGAAACAGUUUGUCUAAAGUAAAAUAAAUGAAUAAAUGAAUAAAUCAAUUGAAGCGAAAUGGCAUGGUACCCGCAUAAUGCUUUAUCGUCAGCUGCACCGUUCACCAGUUAUUUCUGUGAGCUGCUCAUACAGUCGCCACUGCACAGUGUGUACAUCACGAAAACAUGUUUAAAUUGAUAUCAUAGUUCAUUUUAAAGUCAAGAUUUAAGUAAAUUCUGCCAUGCACCCUUGCCUGUAAGAUUUGUCUUGGGCAAAGGUUUAAAGCCAGUGGACACUGUUGGCAAUUGUCAAAGACCAGUCUAGUCACAGUGGUUGUAUCUC